AUGGCUUUCAACUCACUGGUGGCGUCCUUAGCCCUCCUAGGGAGUAGUCUUUCGUUCCUAGCAACCUCGAGCGCUUUAAUCUUGAUUGGUCUUCACCAUACUCGACGCCGGUCUCUACGACACACCCUCGUCCUUAACCUCAUGGUUGCUGAAGUCAUUAACUCAGCUAAUAACACUAUAUCGGGGAUCAUCUACGUUAGGGACCAGGAAUUACAACGCGGAAUAGCGUGCGUCUUGAACGGCGUGUUUAGUCAGCUCUCAACGCAAGCAUCCGACUUCUCCAUCCUCGCCAUCGCUAUAGCCACGCUUCUGGUGAUAUGGCAGAGAACAAGUAUGGCGGACAGCUCAUCACUUAAGAGAUUCUCAAUCUGCUGCUGCGUAUGGCUUAUUCCGAUUACUACUAGUGCCUUGGCUGCUAGGAUCGGUGUGAUAGAGCCAGUUGGCGGGAACUGCUGCUGGAUUGCGCGGGACCGGCCCAACCUUCGACUUGGCCUCACCUAUGUCUGGCGUCUGUGGAUCAUAUCCACUACCGUUUGCAUCUACACUUUCGUCUGGUGCUAUCUCAGCCAACGUCCUCGCCCCGCCGCUAGUACGUCCUGGCUUUCGUGCGAUACCGGAUCACUAACAGAUACGAGCCAGGUAUUCGGACCGAGGGGGGCGGGCAUUGGUCGAUUAGGCACCAGGGAGCAACAAACACACGUUAGGGCAUUAGGUGAACGACGUCCUCUACAAACUACACAGGCACUUACAGCAACGCUUCUUCAGAGAGUCAGGGACUGCUCAGAUUUCACCAACGGAGAAGAUACUGCGGAAUAUAACAGCGGAGGUGGGACUGCAAGCCAGUCAUGUAUUCCUCAACCGUGGGGAGCUUCCCGCCUCCUGGAGUACAGAUGGAACCCCAGCAGAGACACCACCGUCGCAAAAGACGGUGUAUCGUCAAACGUCACGGCUGCAAUGAUGGCUAAUCUUUCUACCAAAAAGCAGACCCAGACGUCAGAGCGGCGCAUUAAGCGCAUGAUACUGCUGAAAUCCUGUCCUAUCUUAUACAUAAUUCUCUGGAUGCCCAGCCUGUUGAGCGGAAUCAUAGAGACUUCUGAAGCUAAGACGUUUAGCUCGGUAUCAGCAGCGCUGCAAGUCUCCAGCCAGUUUGUUGGUCUUGCUAAUGCAGUGACGUACUGCUUCCAUGAGAGCGUAGCGUGUAUAUCAUGA